AAGCACACAACAAAGUCUCAUAAAUCAUCAAUGUUUGUUUUAACUUUUGCUUCUUGUAUUUAGGCAUUACCAUCCAUACAUCCAACAAAAAAGCCAUUUGUUUCUUACAAUUUCUUUGAUAUACCACGUUUAUUCCAACACAAACUUAGAAGAAACUAAAACAGCUUAAAUUCAUACGGUUUAUUAUAUUAUAUAUCAACAAUAUUUACAUGUGUACCAACAAUCUGUUAGUAUGUUGCAAUUCCAAACUAAAUUUGUUCAUGACCAGUUCUUUUGUAUUAUUACUAGUGUAUAAAUUUUAAACAUGUAAAACUAACUCAUGAAAGAACAUUUAACCAAAUUUAGAUUUUCAUUUUUUCAUUUUUUUUCUUUUUUUUCUUUUUUUUUUAUUGAAAUGAACAAAUAGUUCAACGAAUAUAUAUAUUGAAACUUAAGAAUCGAAAUUUUCUUUUCAACGGAAAAACCUCUCAUCAUUCAACACAAUCAAACUAAAAAAUUAUUUAAAUUUUUAUAUUUAUCCAGUUACAUAUUUACUUUGAUCAGUUUGAGUAUUAAUGUUGUUUUUAAUUCUCCUGCUGACGGUAUUUUCAAAUCAAAAUAGCAGUCAGUGUUAAACUUUUGUUUCAUUGUUUCAAAAAUAAAAACAUAUUUUAUAAUAUGGUUUAUAUUUCGUAAAAUAAAACUUUAUUAAGAAAGAAAAAAAUCAUACCUGUAUAUAUAUAUAUAUAUAUAUAUAAAUAUGUGUGUGUGUGUGUUACUUGUUUACUUUACAGAUAACUUUAUUAUAUCAUUUCUUAGAACUGAAUCAGGUAUUUCUUAUAAAAAAAUAUAUUUCCAUGAGAUGAUCAGAUAUAAAUCAACACGAAAGUAUAUAACUAAAAAAAAUUUAAAUAAAAAAUCAAGUACUCGUGAUGUUGGGACAAUAUCCAAUUUUAUGAACAUCUGAACAACAAAAAUCAAUCCCCCAAAAGAAAGUAAUUAGGGUUUGCAAGAUGUUCACUUAUUUCAAGCAAUGAAAUGGAGCAUCCCACUCCAUUCCCGAGGCACAAACCAGUGGCAGUUUGAAAAAACACUCUUCGAGUGGGAUGGAUUGCACUUUCUGAAUCAGCAGAGCUGAGAGGCAUUUGAGAAUCUGCAUACAUUUUGUUGUCUCAAAUUGUAUGGGAGCAGUUGUACAGUGAUUCUGUCUGUUCAAUUGGUUUCAUUAUCAGCCCAUAGCUAUUGUUGAAGAUACGUGUUGGCAGUGAGUAGGGAAGGUGCAUUUCAGAAUGGGAGAGAACCUGGAGGUGAGGGGAUUAGAAUACGAAGAAAAAGCGGAGAAGAAGCUGAAGAGCUGGGGAAUACUGGGCAGCAAGUAUGAAGAUGCUUCAGACUUGCUAGAGAAAGCUGGAAAUUCGUAUAAAUUGGCGAAAGCAUUUGCAGGGGAUAAGGCAGCAGCUGCUUACAUCAAACUUGCGGAUUGUCAACUGAAGUUGGAGAGCAAGCAUGACGCUGCCUCUGCCUAUGUCGAUGCAGCUCUCUGUUUGAAAAAGAAAAACCCUUUAGAGGCAGUAAGGUGCUUGGAACAAGCGAUAUCUUUUUAUCUGGAAGAAGGACGCCUACAAGUUGCUGCUAGACAUUACAAGGAAAUUGGGGAGAUAUGUGAGAACCAAGCAGACGUAGCUCGGGCUAUGGAGUACUUUGACAAAGCAGCAGAGCUUUUUCAAGGUGAGGAGGUAAACAGCAGCAGUAUGCAAUGUAAACUGAAGGUUGCUCAAUUUGCUGCUGAGCUGGAACAAUAUGAGCGUGCCAUUGACAUCUUUGAGGUAGUGGCAUCCCAAUCCUUGAAUAAUAACCUUCUCAAAUACAGUGUGAAAGGGUACCUUUUGAAUGCUGCUCUCUGCCAAUUCUGCCUUGGAGACUCCGCCACUGUUGGCUCCUCGCUUGGAAAAUAUCAGGAUUUAGAUCCAUCAUUUUCAAGUUCAAAGGAAGGAAAAUUUUGUGUGGAUUUAGCAGCAACAAUGCAAGACAUGGAUAUCCCAAGGUUUACAAAUGUUAUCAAAGAAUAUGAUGAUUUAUCAAGACUUGAUGAUUGGAAAACAACUUUGCUUUUGCGCGUGAAGAAUAAAUUAAAAGAAAGGGAGCUUGCUAUGGAUGACCUUACAUAGAGUUCCAAUUUUAUUUCUUUGCCAGAAUCUAUGCUAUCAAUGAAUUAGCAACUCCAAUACUAGAUGAAAAUUGAUUUUUACUUUUCAAAGUCAAUAGAUAAUCUUCAACUAUCGUGUAUCAACUUGCACAUUCAUAUCAAACACGUUUAUUAAUAAUACAAAAUCAAGCAAAGUCAAACAUUUAGUUGGCAUGUGUAAUAAAUUCACUUUGCAA